AUGAAAAGGGGAGAUCCCAGGUGCGAUAAUGCGAAAGGGUUGAAAGCCUUCUACGAUGCAAUAAAAUACGGGCCAAACCACUUGAUGGUAUUUGGAGGCGUUUGUCCAUCCGUCACAUCCAUCAUUGCAGAAUCCCUUCAAGGCUGGAAUCUGGUGCAGCUUUCCUUUGCUGCAACCACGCCUGUCCUAGCAGAUAAGAAAAAGUACCCUUACUUCUUUCGGACGGUGCCAUCAGACAACGCGGUGAAUCCCGCCAUCCUGAAGCUGCUCAAGCACUACCGGUGGAAGCGCGUGGGCACCCUGACGCAGGACGUGCAGAGGUUCUCCGAGGUGAGGAACGACCUGACCGGGGUUCUGUAUGGUGAGGACAUCGAGAUUUCGGACACCGAGAGCUUCUCCAAUGAUCCCUGCACCAGUGUCAAAAAGCUUAAGGGGAAUGACGUGCGCAUCAUCCUUGGCCAGUUUGACCAGCAUAUGGCAGCAAAAGUGUUCUGUUGUGCAUACGAGGAGAACGUGUAUGGCAGCAAAUACCAGUGGAUCAUCCCGGGCUGGUACGAGCCUUCCUGGUGGGAGCAGGUGCACACAGAGGCCAACUCAUCCCGCUGCCUCCGGAAGAAUCUGCUUGCCGCCAUGGAGGGCUACAUCGGUGUGGACUUUGAGCCCCUGAGCUCCAAGCAGAUCAAGACCAUCUCAGGAAAGACUCCCCAGCAGUAUGAGAGAGAGUACAACAACAAGCGGUCAGGAGUGGGGCCCAGCAAGUUCCACGGGUACGCCUACGACGGCAUCUGGGUCAUCGCCAAGACGCUGCAGAGGGCCAUGGAGACGCUGCAUGCCAGCAGCCGGCACCAGCGGAUCCAAGACUUCAACUACACGGACCACACGCUGGGCAGGAUCAUCCUCAAUGCCAUGAAUGAAACCAACUUCUUUGGGGUCACGGGUCAAGUUGUGUUCCGGAAUGGAGAGAGGAUGGGGACCAUUAAAUUCACUCAAUUUCAAGACAGCAGGGAGGUGAAGGUGGGAGAGUACAAUGCUGUGGCCGACACACUGGAGAUCAUCAAUGACACCAUCAGAUUCCAAGGAUCCGAACCACCAAAAGACAAGACCAUCAUCCUGGAGCAGCUACGCAAGAUCUCCCUACCUCUCUACAGCAUCCUCUCUGCCCUUACCAUCCUUGGAAUGAUCAUGGCCAGCGCUUUCCUCUUCUUCAACAUCAAGAAUCGGAAUCAGAAGCUGAUAAAGAUGUCGAGUCCAUAUAUGAACAACCUUAUCAUUCUUGGAGGAAUGCUCUCCUACGCAUCUAUAUUUCUCUUCGGCCUUGAUGGAUCCUUCGUCUCCGAGAAGACCUUUGAAACACUUUGCACCGUCAGGACCUGGAUUCUCACCGUGGGCUACACAACUGCCUUUGGAGCAAUGUUUGCGAAGACCUGGAGGGUCCAUGCUAUCUUCAAAAACGUGAAAAUGAAGAAGAAGAUCAUCAAGGACCAGAAACUACUUGUGAUCGUUGGGGGCAUGCUGCUGAUUGACCUGUGCAUCCUGAUUUGCUGGCAGGCUGUGGACCCGCUGCGAAGGACAGUGGAGAGGUACAGCAUGGAGUUGUUCGGUUGUUUCUUAGCUUGGGAGACCCGCAACGUCAGCAUCCCUGCACUCAACGACAGCAAGUACAUCGGGAUGAGCGUCUACAACGUGGGCAUCAUGUGUAUCAUUGGGGCCGCCGUCUCCUUCCUCACCCGGGACCAGCCCAACGUGCAGUUCUGCAUCGUGGCCCUGGUCAUCAUCUUCUGCAGCACCAUCACCCUCUGCCUGGUGUUUGUGCCGAAGCUCAUCACUCUGAGGACAAACCCAGACGCAGCCACUCAGAACAGGCGCUUCCAGUUCACUCAGAAUCAGAAGAAAGAAGACUCUAAAACGUCCACCUCAGUCACCAGUGUGAACCAAGCGAGCACAUCCCGCCUGGAGGGCCUGCAAUCAGAAAACCAUCGCCUGCGAAUGAAGAUCACAGAGCUGGAUAAAGACUUGGAAGAAGUCACCAUGCAGCUGCAAGACACACCAGAAAAGACCACCUACAUUAAACAGAACCACUACCAAGAGCUCAAUGACAUCCUCAACCUGGGGAACUUCACUGAGAGCACAGAUGGGGGAAAGGCCAUUUUAAAAAAUCACCUCGAUCAAAAUCCCCAGCUACAGUGGAACACGACAGAGCCUUCUCAAACAUGCAAAGAUCCUAUAGAAGAUAUAAACUCCCCAGAACACAUCCAGCGCCGGCUGUCCCUCCAGCUCCCCAUCCUCCACCACGCCUACCUCCCGUCCAUUGGAGGCGUGGAUGCCAGCUGUGUCAGCCCCUGCGUCAGCCCCACCGCCAGCCCCCGCCACAGACAUGUGCCACCCUCCUUCCGAGUCAUGGUCUCGGGCCUGUAAGGGUGGGAGGUCUGGGGCCGGGGCCUCCCUGUGACAGAACCACACCGGGCAGAGGCAUCUGCUAUAGGAACACUGUCGGCUCUGGCUGCCUAGAAGCUGGGCACCACAGCUGGCCUCACGGGACUGCUCGGAUGGCACUCAGGUGGACAGGCCGCGGGUGGGGGAUGUGGAACCUGACCU